AUGUCCACCAGAAUUUAUUCGAUACCCGAUAACUGUGCACAAUAUCACGAGUGCAUAGUAGCUUGGGGCUACCUCAAUUACCUGCCAAAUGUCGCAGCCAACGCUCUAUUCGUCGCUCUCUUCUUCAUCGGCCUUGUCGCCCAGGCAUUCCUCGGUUGGCGCCACCGCACUUGGGGAUUUUCUACAGCAUUGGUGCUGGGAAUUAUCCUUGAAGUAGUUGGUUAUGGCGGUCGCAUCGGAUUACACUACAACGUCUUCACUCAGACGUGGUUUAUCAUGUAUCUCUGCUGUUUGACCUUAGCUCCCGCGUUUUUCAGCGCCGCCGUGUACCUUUCCCUGUCUCGCCUCCUCGCCAUCUACGGAGAGGGUCUGUGCUACUUCAAAGGCCGGACGAUCACGCUUACGUUCAUCUUAUGCGACUUUGUCUCCUUGGUAUUACAAGCCGCUGGAGGUGCGAUCGCCUCAACAGCCCAAACGCACGAAAGGCGUAAUAUGGGCGUUAAUAUCAUGAUUGCUGGCCUGAGUUCUCAAGUGGCUGCCACAACGGCAUUCUCUCUGCUCUGCCUGCACAUUAUGUGGAACCUUCGUAAAAAUCCCUCGAAAAUCAACCCCGCAACCGAAGACUUUAGACGAGGGAAAGCUAUCCGCAUGUUCAUCUGGGCAAUCGUCAUCGCUACAGCCACCAUCUUAGCGCGUUGCUCUUUCCGUGUCGCCGAGUUGAGUGAAGGCUUCAAAGGUGCCCUGGCCAAUGACGAAGUGCUCUACAUGAUCUUCGAGGCUGUCAUGAUGGUCAUCUGUGUCUUUGUCCUCACGGUGGGACAUCCUGGGCUGACACUGGGCAAUUAUUGGAACAUAGGAGAGUUCCACUGGCGCCAAGGCCGAAAUCGGGAGAUCGAGAAGCAACACCACCAAACCCAUGGGCAUGCGGUGACCAGUGAGGUCGUCGAAGCAGAAAGCUACACACCGUCGAGCGGAGACUCUUCGGAGCACAAGACGAACUAA